CGGACUCGCUCCUCUGCUAGCUAGUCCGACGCCGGGCAGCGGCGUGAGGGCUGUGAGGGACAAGGCAGGGACACCUAGAGACUUGGGUAACGGCCGUGCGGCUGCGGUCGCCCAUCCGUGGGGGCUAUGGAGGCGCGCGCUUUCUCUGGGUGCCUAUCCAGCGGCGACUCGGAGCUUCCUGCCCCGCUACCUUAGGGAGCGAUCGUGGAACUGUCACUCGCUAAAGCCCACCCUGACCUACUCGUUCGGCCCAUUCCUUGUUGGGCUUUUUGCGGACUCCCGGGGCGUGGAGAGGAGCUGUGCUCCGGAGUGGGGCGAGGAGCAUGGGGAGAGUGGCCGCCGCAGGAGGAGGCAGCGGAGGGGCGCGACGGUGGAUCCUGUGGCUGGGGCUCUGCUUCUGGGCGGCGGGGGCUGCGGCUGCUCGAGGAACCAACAAUGGUGAAGUCCUUCCCGAAUCCAUCCCAUCAGCUCCUGGGACACUGCCUCAUUUCAUAGAGGAGCCAGAUGAUGCUUAUAUAAUUAAGAGCAACCCCAUUGCUCUGAGGUGCAAAGCAAGGCCAGCCAUGCAGAUCUUCUUCAAAUGCAAUGGCGAAUGGGUCCAUCAAAAUGAGCAUGUUUCUGAGGAAAGUCUGGAUGAGAGUUCAGGCUUGAAGGUCCGGGAGGUGUUUAUCAAUGUCACCAGGCAGCAAGUGGAGGACUUUCAUGGGCCAGAGGACUACUGGUGUCAGUGUGUGGCAUGGAGCCAUCUGGGCACCUCCAAGAGCAGGAAGGCCUCUGUGCGCAUAGCCUACUUACGGAAAAACUUUGAGCAAGAUCCCCAAGGAAGGGAGGUUCCCAUUGAAGGCAUGAUUGUCCUGCACUGCCGCCCCCCAGAGGGCGUCCCUGCUGCAGAGGUGGAAUGGCUGAAAAAUGAGGAGCCCAUUGACUCUGAGCAAGAUGAGAACAUUGACACACGGGCCGACCACAAUCUGAUCAUCAGACAGGCACGGCUGUCCGACUCCGGGAAUUAUACCUGCAUGGCAGCCAACAUUGUGGCCAAGAGGAGGAGCCUUUCAGCCACUGUGGUGGUUUAUGUGAAUGGAGGCUGGUCUUCCUGGACAGAGUGGUCAGCCUGCAAUGUUCGCUGUGGUAGAGGAUGGCAGAAACGUUCCCGGACCUGCACCAACCCAGCUCCUCUCAAUGGUGGGGCCUUUUGUGAGGGAAUGUCAGUGCAGAAAAUAACCUGCACUUCUCUUUGUCCUGUGGAUGGGAGCUGGGAAGUGUGGAGUGAAUGGUCAGUCUGCAGCCCAGAGUGUGAGCAUUUGAGGAUCCGGGAGUGCACAGCCCCAGCCCCAAGAAAUGGGGGCAAAUUCUGUGAAGGUCUAAGCCAGGAAUCUGAAAACUGCACAGAUGGUCUUUGCAUUCUAGAUAAAAAACCUCUUCAUGAAAUAAAACCCCAAAGCAUUGAGAAUGCCAGCGACAUUGCUUUGUACUCGGGCUUGGGCGCUGCAAUCGUGGCCGUUGCUGUCCUGGUCAUUGGUGUCACCCUUUACAGACGAAGUCAGAGUGACUAUGGCGUGGACGUCAUUGACUCUUCAGCAUUGACAGGUGGCUUCCAGACCUUCAACUUCAAAACAGUUCGUCAAGGUAACUCCCUACUCCUGAAUUCCUCCAUGCAACCAGACCUGACAGUGAGCCGAACAUACAGUGGGCCCAUCUGCCUACAGGACCCUCUUGACAAGGAACUCAUGACAGAGUCUUCGCUUUUUAAUCCUCUGUCAGACAUCAAAGUCAAAGUUCAGAGCUCAUUCAUGGUUUCCCUGGGAGUGUCUGAGAGAGCGGAGUACCACGGCAAGAAUCAUUCUGGAACUUUUCCCCAUGGAAACAACCACAGCUUUAGUACAAUACAUCCCAGAAACAAAACACCAUACAUCCAAAAUCUAUCAUCACUUCCCACAAGGACUGAACUAAGGACAACUGGUGUCUUCGGCCAUUUAGGCGGGCGCUUAGUAAUGCCAAAUACAGGGGUGAGUUUACUCAUACCACAUGGCGCCAUCCCUGAAGAGAAUUCUUGGGAGAUUUAUAUGUCCAUCAAUCAAGGUGAACCCAGCCUCCAGUCAGAUGGAUCUGAGGUGCUGCUGAGCCCGGAAGUCACCUGCGGUCCCCCUGACAUGAUUGUUACCACCCCCUUUGCACUGACCAUCCCACACUGUGCAGAUGUCAGCUCUGAGCACUGGAAUAUCCAUUUAAAGAAGAGGAGCCAGCAGGGCAAAUGGGAGGAAGUGAUGUCAGUAGAGGAUGAAUCUACAUCCUGUUACUGCCUUUUGGAUCCCUUCGCAUGCCAUGUACUCUUAGACAGCUUUGGGACAUAUGCUCUUACUGGAGAACCAAUCACUGACUGUGCUGUGAAGCAGCUCAAGGUGGCAGUUUUUGGCUGCAUGUCGUGUAACUCCCUGGAUUACAACUUGAGAGUCUAUUGUGUGGACAAUACACCUUGUGCAUUUCAGGAAGUGGUUUCAGAUGAAAGGCAUCAAGGUGGACAACUACUGGAAGAACCAAAGUUGCUGCAUUUCAAAGGGAAUACCUUUAGUCUUCAGAUCUCUGUCCUUGAUAUCCCCCCAUUCCUCUGGAGAAUUAAACCAUUCACUGCAUGCCAGGAAGUCCCGUUCUCUCGCUUGUGGUGCAGUAACCGUCAGCCCCUGCACUGUGCCUUCUCCCUGGAGCGCUACACGCCCACCACUACCCAGCUGUCCUGCAAAAUCUGCAUCCGGCAGCUCAAAGGCCAUGAACAGAUCCUCCAAGUGCAGACAUCAAUCUUAGAGAGUGAAAGAGAAACCAUUACGUUCUUUGCACAAGAGGACAGCACUUAUCCUGCACAGACUGGCCCCAAAGCCUUCAAAAUUCCUUAUUCCAUCAGACAGCGAAUUUGUGCUACAUUUGAUACCCCCAAUGCCAAAGGCAAAGAUUGGCAGAUGUUAGCACAGAAAAACAGCAUCAACAGGAAUUUAUCUUAUUUUGCUACACAAAGUAGCCCAUCUGCUGUCAUUUUGAACCUGUGGGAAGCUCGUCAUCAGCACGAUGGUGAUCUUGACUCCCUGGCCUGUGCCCUUGAAGAGAUUGGGAGGACACACACGAAACUCUCAAACAUUACAGAAUCCCAGCUCGAUGAAGCCGACUUCAACUACAGCAGGCAAAAUGGACUCUAGUCCACUUCCUCUCCUGAGACAGUGAAGACCAACUUCUGGACGUUUGCUUUAAAUGAGAAA